AAGAAGAAACACCUAAUCCGCAAUACACUUGAAAAAUGAACUCAUUAAUGAGCACAUUUCUCCUAUUACAAUGUAUAUCUACACUAGUCUUCACUGCAAUCUCAACACCACCUGAUGAUCCUAUCAAGUGUGUGUCUGGAAACUCCGACUGUACCGUUACAAACUCAUAUGGAGCCUUUCCAGAUAGAUCCACGUGUCGAGCCGCAGAUGUAGCCUAUCCAACCACUGAAGCUGAGCUCAUAUCUAUCGUGGCUGCAGCUACUAAAGCCAGACGGAAAAUGCGUGUAACCACUCGAUAUUCCCAUAGCAUCACAAAGCUCGUGUGUACCGACGGAACGGAAGGUUUGUUCAUAAGCACAAAGUUUCUAAACCACACGGUGCGAGCCGAUGGAGAGGCCAUGACCCUGACGGUUGAGAGCGGCGUGACACUCAGGCAGUUAAUCGCUGAAGCGGCUAAGGUUGGAUUGGCGUUGCCGUAUGCACCAUAUUGGUGGGGACUGACCGUGGGUGGUAUGAUGGGAACCGGUGCUCAUGGGAGCUCAUUGUGGGGUAAAGGAAGUGCGGUCCAUGAUCAUGUGACCGAGAUAAGGAUGGUUAGUCCCGGCUCUGUCAAUGAUGGGUUUGCAAAGGUUAGAGUUUUAAGCAAGACUACAACUCCUAACGAGUUUAAUGCCGCUAAGGUUUCUCUUGGUGUUCUUGGUGUUAUCUCUCAGGUGACUUUUACAUUGCAACCGAUGUUUAAGAGAUCGAUACGGUAUGUUAUGAAAAAUGAUUCGGAUUUUGGGGAUCAAGCUGUGACAUUUGGAAAGAAACAUGAGUUUGCGGAUUUCGUAUGGUUGCCAAGCCAAGGCAAAGUAGUGUAUCGAAUGGACGACCGAGUACCUGUCAACACAUCGGGCAACGGUUUGUUUGACCUUUUGCCGUUCCGUUCACAGCUCUCGGCGGCAUUAGCCAUCAUAAGAUCAUCAGAGGAGACGCAAGAGAGGUUCAGAGAUGCGAAUGGGAAGUGUGUAGGAGCCACGCUUAUUUCAUCUACACUGUUUGCUAGUUCAUUUGGUUUGACCAACAAUGGAAUUAUAUUUACCGGUUAUCCCGUCACUGGAAGCCAAAACCGUAUGAUGUCGUCAGGAUCAUGCUUAGACAGUCUUCAAGAUGGGCUGAUCACGGCGUGUCCAUGGGAUUCACGUAUAAAAAGCGAAUUCUUUCACCAAACAACUUUCAGUGUUCCACUUACGCAAGUCAAAAGUUUCAUCACCGAUAUUAAAUCUCUUGUUAAGAUUGAACGUAAAUCUCUAUGCGGACUUGAGCUAUAUUACGGUAUUCUAAUGCGCUAUGUCACAUCUUCUCCAGCUUAUCUUGGGAAAGAAACAGAAGCUUUAGACUUUGACCUAACUUAUUACCGAGCCAAAGACCCACUAACACCACGACUUUACGAAGAUUUCAUCGAGGAGAUUGAGCAAAUUGCUUUGUUCAAAUAUAACGCAUUGCCACACUGGGGUAAGAACAGAAACUUAGCGUUUGAUGGAGUGAUUAAAAAGUAUAAGAAUGCGCCAGCGUUCUUGAAAGUAAAGGAGAGUUAUGAUCCGACCGGUUUAUUCUCGACCGAAUGGACCGAUCAGAUCUUGGGGAUCAAAGGAAACGCGACGAUUGUAAAAGAUGGAUGUGCAUUGGAGGGUUUGUGUAUAUGUUCGGAGGAUGCUCACUGUGCUCCGACCAAAGGAUAUUUGUGUCGACCGGGAAAAGUUUACAAAGAAGCUAGAGUUUGUACACGUGUCAGUGGGAUAAGUGUGAUUCAAUCGGUAAGUUAUUAAUAUUCAUUGCUUCUAAAAUCAGAAAGCAUAUUUUAUGGAUGGGUCGAUAUUUACUAUGACGAGUUAUUGCUAAUGUUGUUGUAACCAAAUUAUAAUAAUGUGUGAAUUAUUACUAUUUUGUUAAAAAAUAGUUCUAUUAGUUUAUACUUUCUAAUUCUGAAAAUAAUGAUUUUUAGUAA